CGAGAUGUUAAAGAUUUGAAUCCGACUUUUUGGACAAUGUUGAUUAAAACAACAAAAUCAAGCAAAAAAAUCAAACACUAGAAUAUGGUAAGGGCAGAAGAAUGCUAUUUGAUGAUAAUCGAUUAUUAGAUCGAUGAGAAACACCAAUAAAUUCUUAGUAACUGAAUGGAACUGGAACACAAUUACAUUAAACAAAUUAAGAAAUUAUAAGGAUUCUAAUAAAAUAGUUCUUAGUUCAAGGGACUGCAAAAUGAAACAUGAAAAUUUUAGUGUCUAAAUUCGGCUAGCGGAAAAAUUAGAAUCAAGUAAAAUAUUCUAAGUGUUCCACACACGGAGAAAAGAAAAAUUGGGAAUUAAGGGGAAAAUAAAACAGGGGCGAUCCCUUUUGUAGCUCUGUCUCACAUGCCUUCUCUCUGCAACGACGACGACGAGGAGGCCUCCAUUUCAGCGACAGAGGAGCGCUGAACAUAUAUAUAUAUUUUGCGGCUGAAAGGAUCCGAAUUACGCCCGUCCUCUUUCGCCUUCGCCCUUCUCGUCGAUUCAGUCAUUAGCAGGUAACACGAAUUCUCGUUCCCAUCACGAUGCACAUUUGCCUCAACAUUUUCCAAUUGAAUUGGUGGCGGGGAACAGGAACGAACGCUAGUCUGUAGCCACCGGUGGUGGCGGUUGUAGUUUCGUUGUCAUUUACUGAGAAAUCUGUCGCACAUCGCCCGCCAUAAGCUUUCAUUGUUGUGUUGUGCCAUCACUUUACGGUUACCUCACACUCUCAUUUCACCUAACGGCGAGCGCGGGGAGAGGGACGGGGAGGGCAUGAUGAUGUCGAAUUUCUCCUGUCCGCGUCGCUGGCUUUGGGGUUUUUGCUUCUAAUGUGGAAUAGCGUUGUUGCAUUGUGUGGAAAUGACAGAGAGACUUUUUUUGGCAGUCCCCCCUUUGUGUUUGUGUUUCUUGUUUUAAACGGAUUUUCUCUAGAUCUUUUCUGGGGUUAACUGAAUUGUCUAAAAUUCUUUUUUGCCCAGAGUUCUGUACUUUGAGGGGUGCAAUAUGAAUUGAUGGAGAUCCUUUCAUGGGUCAUGAGUUUGAUUCGAUAAAACUGGAGAAUGGGCGUAUCUUGGAGAUAUUCCGCUUGACAUUGUGCCAUCAGUGGUGGUAGGGUGUGGAGGAAGAGGCGCGUUUGUUGCUUUUGAUUCGUAAGCCAUGACAGAUGCAGCAGGGUUAAUGGAGGCGGCUGGAACUAGGUUUAGUUCCUUGGAGAUGAUUGGCAGAGGGUCAUUUGGAGAUGUUUAUAAAGCGUAAGUUACGUGCAAAUCUUGUGCCUUGUUCUAUAAUGUGGUGCACAUUUUCUACCAUGUUCUUUAAUUAAGUAGUUGAGUUGUUCUCGUGCAUUUUUAGAGCUUGCAUCUGCAGAUGAUUGCCUGGUCAUUUUUAUUAGCGAUCUACAACAGCACACAGAAGUUAAUGUAGCUUGUUAUUUGUUAAGUGUUUGGAAAGAAGAACUCUUCUGUUUGGGAUGAUAAUUCCAUGUCGAGCUUAUUGUGAGAUGUUUCAUAAAAACAAGAGUAGAAACAUCAAUGAUGAUGGGAUGUCCAGCAUCAAUGAUGAUGGGAUGUCCAGCAUCAAUGAUGAUGGGAUGUCCAGCACCGUUGGUUCAGAUUUGUGGAUUAAGAGUGCAGAUAUUAAGGUUUUCGUUUUGCAAGUUGCGGCCUUUCUCUGUGAAGAAACUGCUCUCUACCCUGAUUAUGCUGUCGUAUACCAGAAUUUGAAACUUGUCCUUAUUUACUUCGUGGUAAUAUAUGAGGUUGAAUCUGCAAUUCCCUUCAUUCUUUUCUGUUUCUUCAUCUAUAAUCAGGAAGUGAGUGUAGAGUUAAGUUAUUUAAGUUAUUUGUAUAUUUGAAAAUUUACUUUUUGUAUUCCUCUAUCCCUAUGUAUUUAAUUGCUGGUUGUAUAGUUUUGAAUGUUCUUUUUAUAUCAGAUCUCUUUUUAAUGCUCAACAUCAGUAGCCAUUCUUUAUUGGUUGAAAUCAAUUUGAGCUUAUCUUUUUAGUGCUCAUAAUUUUUAUGGAGAAAGAGGCUUCUAGAAAAAAAGGAAAACUUAUUGAAGGAUUGUCGUUUUCUCAAUUCAUCCAAAUCCAUAAUGGCAGAUCAUUGAAAUCAAUUUCAGCUUAUCUUUUUAGUGCGUUCAUAUUUUUUAUGAAGACUAGAAAGAGACUUCCAGACAUUGAAGGAAAAAUUAUUGAAAGAGUAUCAUGUUUUCAAUUCAUAACCAUAAUGGUUAAUCUUAUGCUUGAGGAUCUUUUUAUUUUACCUCCUCUUUUGUCCUGUAAUUUGAUCUUACUUAAGAUCUUUAUCUUGACACAACUUUGUGAUUUUCCAACUUGUAGGUUUGAUAAGGAGCUCAACAAAGAAGUAGCCAUCAAAGUUAUUGAUUUGGAAGAAUCGUAAGUUACACAAAUAUGUUCACCAAUUCUGCUACUUCUCUUUGCGCACUGUCUGUAGUUUCCUCUUCAUUUGGAAUUUAACGGCACAUAGUUGCCAAUGAAAGAAAUUCUCCUUGGUUAUCUGCUUUCUUAAUUUUGAAACAAAUGAAUUCUUGAUGCUGAAAAGACUUACAUAAAUCCUAUGACGUUAGCCAUAUUUUCUAGCCAUAGAAGGUUUUACAAGUGCAUGCUGACUAAUCAGCAAAUUUUAUUACCGUCAUUUCUGUUUCCCUACCGAAAUUAGUUUUGGUAGAUUAAAUGGGGUAACAAGUAAAUGAAACAUAAAUUAUUUUUAGGGAAAGUUUGGAAUCCGUGAUGGUUUGCUUGUCCAUACUAGUUUUCUGUCACUGACAAAUGCUUAUGUGAACCUCUUUUUUCUAAUAUUUCUAAGCUGUUUUCUUUAUAUUUAAUCUAUUGCAGCGAAGAUGACAUUGAGGACAUUCAGAAGGUAGUUGAAUUUCUCUUUGUUUUUCUUUUAGUUAGUGUCAUGCCUGUUAUACUAGUCGAGCCUUCUACUUCGUUAUAUGCAGUCAAAUAAGUGGUUGACUUGUCGUAAUAUCAAAAUUUGACAGGAAAUUGCUGUUUUGUCACAAUGCCGGUGUCCAUAUAUCACAGAGUAUUACGGUUCCUAUCUUCAGCAGACUAAAUUAUGGAUAAUUAUGGAAUACAUGGCUGGUGGCUCUGUUGCAGACCUUGUAGGUUACUCUAAUCACUUACUUCUGUUGUUACCUUGACUAUAACAUUACAUCUUCUAUCCAGGAUUGCAGAAUCUAUCUCUGUCUGAUUACUUUCCAGUACUUAUAAAGAUUACACUUUUACAGCUUCAAUCGGGUCCUCCACUAGAUGAAACUUCAAUUGCUUGUAUUUUGCGUGAUUUGCUUCAUGCUGUUGAAUAUUUGCACAAUGAAGGGAAGAUUCACAGGGAUAUUAAAGGUUCAUUCCCUUUUCCCUUUCAUUAAUCGACUGCUGCAACUUGAAUGUGUGGUUUAGAGCAAGAGUGUCAAAAUCACUAGAAUUAGUAUGAUUCUCACCCAAACCCGGAUCUCAAAGCAAGAGUGUUAGCAUCACUAGAUUGGGUUUUAGACAUCAAAUUUUGGUUACUUCUCAGCAAACUUUUGGGACAAUAAAUAUUUUCUGUCUCUACUAGAUUGAGUUUAAGAAAUCUUCUUGAGGUUCUAUUCCCUUUUUUGGCAGCACUGUCCUGCUAAUUUAUACUGGUUCGUUCUCUUUUUCCCUUAAUUUUUCGUUUUCAUGACAACUUAUCUGAAUUUGAACAGCGGCGAACAUUUUGUUGAGCGAGAAUGGUGAUGUCAAGGUAUAUCAUCCUUUGCUUAUGUAGCACGGCAAGAUCAUUAAAUUCAAAACAUAUCUUUAGAUUGCUAUAAUAUGCAUUGCCAUAUGCAUAUAUUUCAGUAUUUAAUGCCUACUUUUGUGACCAUGUGACAGGUUGCUGAUUUUGGUGUUUCUGCACAACUUACAAGAACAAUCUCCCGAAGAAAGGUGCUCCAUUUUACACUUUAAGUAUUCAAGAGUUUAUUCAUAGUAAUAAGGAUUGUGAUACUUACGUGUUUGAACUUCGGGUGUCCUCUUACUACCCAUUUUAUGAAAUUUUCACUGCAACCUUAUUCAUUUACUUAUUUCUGUAGUUAAUAAUUUUUAUUAGUCCGUGAACUGAUUGCUCGAUAUUUGCAGACUUUUGUUGGCACCCCCUUCUGGAUGGCUCCAGAGGUUAUUCAGAAUUCAGAAGGUUACAACGAAAAGGUACUAAAUAGCAGUUUAAGAUUCUUGGGAGAAAAAGAAUUUGGAGAAAUGGGUUCAUCUAAUAAUUGUGAGAGAUUAUUGAAAAGAUCUACCUUAGAGUUGAACUUUGGAUCAUUCGUUCAGUUAGAGAGAGAGAGAGAGAGAGAGAGAGAGAACAAGAAAAGCAAAAAGCAGGGAGGAGAUAAACAAAUAGUUUCAGAUAUGCCUUCUUCAUAUUAUUAUUUUAUUUCAUAUGAAAGGUAUCUUCCUGAACCAUCGACUUUCUGCAGGCUGAUAUCUGGUCUCUCGGGAUAACUGCUAUUGAGAUGGCGAAGGGGGAACCUCCUCUUGCUGAUCUGCACCCAAUGAGGGUCCUUUUUAUCAUACCGCGAGAAAAUCCACCACAGGUUAUUUAUUUUGCCCAUCUAGUAUUCCCGCAGUUCUUCUGUUACUGUAAUUGUAAUAAUGAACAUGAGCAAUUACUUGGUACAGCUGGAUGAACAUUUUUCUCGUCCUAUGAAAGAGCUUGUUUCUAUGUGCCUAAAGAAAGCUCCUGCUGAGGCAAGUAUUUGAUUUCAGUUCUAUUAAGUUCUUUUCGGUUUCCCUGCAGUGGUUGUAAUUGUUUGUAAUGGAACGUUUCUAGAUUAAUUUUAACCGACUCUCUAGAUUUUUUUCCCGCCGUGACGAUAUACAUUGUUUUUAUUUCAGAGGCCAAGUGCUAAGGAACUCUUAAAGCACAGAUUUGUUAGAAAUGUGAGAAAGAGCCCAAGGCUUGUUGAGAGAAUAAGGUGUGAUGUAUUUCCUGCAUGUCAUUGUAUUGGUCAUCAGCACGUGUUUUCUAGGCCCUUAUUUUUUAUUUAAUUGUUUUUGCUGUCUCAUUUUAGCGUCUCGGUCAAGGAGUGUCAAGGCACAGAACUAAAACAUUGUGGCCUGUGUUUCGUCCCGUAUCGCUGUAUGAUUUAGGUUUCUCCAUUCACAUUCUAACUUAAAGGAUCCUUUAGUAACAAAUAUGCUUCAAGGUCAACAUUUACGCGCAAGAAGCUUAUCCGGCCUAAUGUUAAUAAAGUUUAUGUCAUUUG